UAAAAAUAGCAUAUGAGACUGGAUAGUGGGGGUUUUUUUUUUAUGUUAUUAAGAUGUUAUUUAGCAUCAUCAGUGCAUGUUCAGUGAUCCGAACAAGAGAACAGUGUAUGGGUUUAUGUUUCACGAUCAAAAUAAUAGACACAUUCUGAAGGCACAUUAUAAAACAGUAGGCAGGGCAAGUGGGCAAGCGUUUCCUUGCCUCGGGAUGAACGGAUGUAAUGUGCGCAUCCAUGCAGCGCAGCACAGGAGAGGGAGGGUGAGAGGACGCAGCGCAAACAUUCUCACGCACAGCGUUUAUCCAGGACCAUAAACCAAAAAAUAAAAAAAACAAAAGCACGCAACGGCCACACGACUUGGAGACAGAAACAGCACGAGCGGAAAAAAGAGACAAACCGUUGCUUGAACUUUCCUGGAGAUUACGCAUGUGGACUCGUGCACUGGGGACACUUGCUCGACAGACACACAAUAAAGGAAAUCAUAUGAAAGCUGACUACAGACCACUGUCUGUAUCUAUCAAGCCCACUGGACUCCUAUCUGAUGAAAAUACAUCGGCUGGAAAAUAUUUUCUACAAAUUAUGCGGGACAAAGUCUUACAACCUUUAGAGCACAAGCAGAUUGACAUCUGAAGAUAAAGUAAAAGGCAGCAUUUUCUCUGCCUCUAGUUUGGUAGUCUGAUUACCCAGAGACUGCCUGCUUCCAAAGGAAUUUCUGCUAUUCUUUGGCUGUGGAGGAGAGGAAUUGAGUACUGCAUGAGAAAUCUCUGUUACGGAUUACUGAGGAUCAAGCCAGACCAACACCCCGUGAUCAGUAAUGGCAUCUGUUAAUUGGAAUUAUACCUGAAACGUGAUCAAAUUACAGAAAGUCAAAAAGUUGCUUUUAUCCUGUUGGAUUAUCACUUCUGACGUGUAUGUCAGUUUUCCAGUGUUUUGUUUCAACUGAUUCACUGAUCCACCAAUGUAGCGAAACAAAGAAGUGUAUAUAUAAAUCUGGUGGGCAAAGGGACAAAAAUGUAUAAAAAAUUAGGCAAAAUAUUUUGUUCCAUUUAUUGCAGCUGAAUUCCUGCUUCUGCUUCUGUGGAGGUUUAAAAAAGCAGUAAACCUCUGCUCCUCUGGUAAACUGACAAUAGCUGCUGCACCAGAGACAGCAUUUGUCCUGUUAGUUUAUCAGCUCUUACUUUAUUUGCCUUGUUUCUCUUCUGCCUGGCCCCUGUAAUGUUCCAUUGCCUCCGUGCCAACAUAAAGCCAUGCCAGUGCCUGAGAUGGCUGUAAGUCCUUUGAAAUCUUUACAAUGGGAGGUCUUCCCCCCAAUGGCUACAUGCCGGGUUUACUGCACACCUGUUCUCUGGGGUGACCGUCUUUAUGUGAUCGGGGGCUGCAGCGAGAGUGGAAUGCCUCUAGACUCUGUAGAGGUCCUGGACUUAGAGAGCCAAAGCUGGUGUCAGCUCCCCCCAUUGCCCACUGCCAGGGCAGGGGCUUCGGCUGUGGCACUGGGGGACCAACUGGUGGUGAUGGGAGGCAUGGAUGCUCAGCAGAGCCCUCUGGCAUCAGUGGAGGUCUACCACCCUGACGAGGGCAAGUGGGAGAGGAAAACUGGAUUGGGACAGGCAUCAAUGGGCAUAACUGCCUUGGAGAUAGAGGGCAAGGUGUACGCACUGGGGGGUAUGGGUUCUGACACCAGUCCGCAGGCACUGGUGAGAGUCUAUGAGCCAGUUAAGGAUCAGUGGCUAUCUCUGGCUUCUAUGCCCACUCCACGCUAUGGAGCCUUCUCCUUCCUGCGUGGCAACAAGCUCUACGUUCUCGGUGGACGUCAGGGCAAGAUGCCAGUGACCGCAUUUGAGGCCUUUGACUUGGAGAUGAAUAGCUGGACACGCUACCCAUGCAUCCCUAGCCGCAGGGCCUUCUCUAGCUGUGCCGCCACAGAGCGUGCCUUCUACAGCCUAGGUGGACUUCAGCAGCCCGGCCCUCACAACUUCUACUCUAGACCACACUUCGUCUCCACUGUGGAGGAAUAUGACACAGAACAGGGUGUUUGGCUGAAGCCCACACGGAGCUGCCGGAUGAGAGAAAAGCGUGCAGACUUUGUGGCUGGCUGUCUCGGUGGACGGGUGAUUGUUGCCGGGGGGCUGGGUAAUCAGCCUUCGCCUUUAGCCUCAGCAGAGAGUUACAACCAUGUGAAGAGGAGGUGGGAGGCUGUGGCACCGAUGCCCACCCCGCGCUGUUCCUGUACCCAACUCCAAACCACGAACAUGCUAUUCCUAAUCGGUGGCGUAUCACAGGGUCCCAGCAACGCAGUCGAGGCUCUCUGUCUGCAAGAAAGUGUCUGACACACCAACCGUUGUUUUUUUUUGCACCUAUAAAGGACAUGUUCUGGACUCUGCAGGCAUAAGAGACAUGCAGAUGAAUCUCUCUGCUGAUGCAGAGUCUUGCUUUGCCUGAGUCCACCUUCAAUGGAGUUUACUGGAGACAAUCUACAAGAGUCUAGACAGAAACAAAUAAAUCUCGGGGUGGAAUAAAGACUUCGAUGUCUCAGACAAGCAAGCAAAAAAAUACACAAAACCACAAAGGCAGAGGUGCAGAUGCCUUUGAAUUGUACAGUUUUUUUUGUUUGUUUGUUUGUGUUUUUUUUUAUUGUUUGUUUGUUUGUUUGUUUUUUCAAAAAUCAAAGCAGGGUACUUUUCUGGCUAAAUUCAAAAGGAACUUAGGGCCAUAUCCACCAUGCUGCCGCAGAGUUCAACUGCAGUAGCAUGUUUAGCACUUUUUCUAUUGUAUUUGAGAAAAAGCAAAGAUGGAGUGGAUCUUUGCCGAAGUGGAGGCGUAUGUCUGUGUGUUUUUGUAUCUUCACAGCCAUGCAUGUGUGAAAUUUAGCACUAUUAUUCUUGGAGCAAAAAGAACAUGUUAUGGUAUGGUCUAAGGCGGUAAUGAAGACAGAGUAAGUCGAGCUUAGACAGCCAUAGCAUGUUUUCUAGGAAGUGUCAGAGCCCUGCAUAAUGCAUUUAGUACUACUUUAAAAAUUACUACUUUAAUAUAUCUAUAAUAUUCCCUAAAUGAGCACUUGGUGUAAAAGCUGAUGGGCCCAGUAAAUGGAUUACAAGAUAGUGUAGAAAGUAAGCAGAUGGUGUCAUGCUAUGUCUAGAGUUGUUCUUAAUGGAAAAUAGAUUUUUUUAGUUUUUAUUUAUUUAUUUAUUUAUUAAAUCAUCUAAGGUUGUUAUGUGGAUGCUCAGAUCAAACACAACUUUGUCAGGAAAUAUACACAAAUGUACUGCCUAGGACACAUAUACACAAACACGCACAUCACAUGACAUAUGCUUGGUAUGUACUUCACUGGUGCUUUUGUGUAUUUCACAUCAGAUUAAUGGAAAAUGGUAGAACAUGCAGGUAUAUUAUGUGUAUAAAAGACAGAGUUGGAAAUAAUGGUGGCAACACCUGAGAGCCCUAGGUUUUGGCCCUAAAUGAAAGAAAAAAAUUUUAAUUUUAAAGAAAGAAAACAACAAAAAAGCCUGUGUUCCAAAUUGCUUACUACCAUUUUAAAUAGUAUGUCAAAAUAGUAUCUGUGUUGUCAGUAUCAGUAUCUUUAGUAGUGUACUAUAUACUUUGACAUACUCUUUAGUGCAGUAUUAUUUAGGGGAUGUAGCAUGCCACUGUGAAAGAGCUUCCCCGAAUGUAAACAGUGCUCGACCAUUUAAAUCCAGAAUUGUAGCUAGCUACAGCUAAUGAGAAGAAGUUAAGGCACUUUGUUUAUUGUCUUAAAAGAUAUUUAGUUUCUUUGCUUUUAAUUCUGUUUCUAAGAAUGGACUCUGACAAGUGGGACACAGCAAAAACAAAAACUACAGGUCAGUCAGCCACCAGUGUAACUAGCUUGCUGUUUUAUGGCCUUGAGGCAUAAUAAUACCCUAGGCAUGUCUCACAGCCCAACCUUAACAGGAUGCCUGGUACAUGAUAAUAAGUCCCAUACAUAUUCACAAUGUCAUAUUAAAACUGUCUCUAGGGUUUUCUGCAGCUUUGCAGUCUUUCCCAUGAGGGAGGGAUAAACUGUCUCAGACGAAUGCUGUGAGAAUGACGAAGACAUUCAUUUACCUCCAGCAUUCGAGUGACACAUGGCUUGCAGACGAAAGUGACGAUCACUGAACCAUGCACAUAUGGUCCAUGCACACAUGUACACACCCACUCUUACCAAGAACGUCUUGUUUGUUUAGACUUACACAUCCCUAAUGAGACCAACUGUUAUAGUCUGCAGACUGUAGUCUUUUUUCAGCAUGUCAUAGUAGAAAUUUGAUAGCUCAUGAUGUUGCACUGUGCUUGUGCAGAGACAGCGUGGAAACACAUGAGAAUGCGUCUACAAGGAAGUAGUGCUAAUAGAAAAGGAAGGCUUAUUUUCGUCGUCCUGCUACACCUUCACAAGCUCUAUUGCGCUACAAAGUCAAUGCACACUUCUACCAUUGUCCAUUGUGUAUGGCUCAUUGUCUUGAAUAAGGUUUUGAUGGAAUGUGACAGCCUCUGGGCUCUGUACAGGCAGGGGAUGUACGAAUGCAUUAAUUAAAUGAUGGUGAAAGAGAUAUACCUCUUUUUAAACUUAUGGCAAAACCUUUCAGUGCAGUGUGCAGUCCACUAUUCUGAACUCGCAUAUAUCUUAUUUACAGCCCGAAUAGGAGCAAUAUGAUUUUUUUUCUUCAGCAUCAGGUUUUACAGAGAGUCUAGUAAUAUCUAGUAAUAUAAAUUAAUUAGACCAAUUUAUUUUACUAGGUGAGCUUAAAUAUGUUGGUCUAACAAAGGACACAAGGUGUAAAGUUCAGUUUGAUCUUGAGUAGCAGUGUUGACGUGAUUUUGACCAUGUUUUGUUUGUCAUACAUAUUUCCCUGUGGUGAAUCUCUAGUUUGAACCAGUGAUUUUUAAGUCAGCUUUCCCAGUGCUUUGUGUUUUGUUUGGUCUACAUGCUUGUUUUUGUUCAUCUGUGAUGUGAUAAGUUGUCAUUGUUCACCCUUUUCUGAGAGUUGUGGUGCUGGGUCUGUCCUUUUUUCUCUAUGAUGCUGUGUUUUGACAUUUGUAUUUGAUGUGUAAAUGCAGGUUGUGCUAGCUGAUGGGUGCUGAUGGUGUCUGACAUGACAUUCCGGUACCACAUGUCAGAGCACAGCUGAGUAUGUACCUCCUAUUCAGAAAACCUGCCAAAGAGGACCUCAAUCAAAAAACAGAGAAAAUACCACUAGAAAUAGUGGUAUAUAAAUAGUUGUCUAGAAAAUAUGUAGUGUAGUGUAUAGUGAAAGAGUGUGUAAAAUGUGCAGUUGCAAUCUCCCAAUAGAGAGCAGUUUUAUAUCUCCAAAUCUGUGCCUGUGAUAGGCUUUUGCUGUGUUUACAUCAGAAAUGAAAUGGAAGCCUAAGGUACAUAACAGAUACAAUACACAUAGACAUUAGUCCUUAUUCAUCAAAGUUGUGUAACCUUUAUGAUCGAGUGUAUGCAAAUUCCAACCUCUCCCUGCAAAAUCCUAUUUCAGCUGUGUGCUGUAUCUUUAUGAAACGCUCAUCUUCUUGGUGUGUACAUUUAAGACCGAUGCUAAAUGCUCGAUUUGCAGUUAAAUUGUUGGUAGUAGCAAGUACAAUAUGUUAGAAUUCGAAUAAUAUUCAUAAUCAUAGUUGCGGUCACUGACAUCUCGCUGCAGCAGCACAUUGCAUAAAAAAUGCAGUAAUCUAAUCACCUGAUCAUGUGGCAGCAGCACAAAGAAAGUCAUGAAGAUACAAAGCUUCUGUUAAUGUUUAUAUCAAACAUCAGAAUCCAGAAAAAAAUGGUGGUCUGGUUUCAGAAACUGUUGAUCUUGGAUUUUUAAGAGAAAUAGGAAGGUGUUUUUAGAAAAAAUCCAAUUAACAGUUGUGCAGAGAAGAAAAGGAUCUCCACCUACACAUGACAUUUGACUCUGAGGUGUUGAUGGGCUACAACAGCAUGAAGACCACAUAGGUUUCUGCUCCUGUGAGCUGAGAAGAGAAAGUAAAAGAAGUGAGCAGCUUCUGUACGUCUGAGCCCACUGUAGCCUCGGAUUCCUGUUCCUGGAACCAACAACCUGCCAGUCAAAGUCACUAUCAUUUUGACCUGUAUCUGCAUUAUUUAAUGCAUUGUGGCACUACAUUAUUGGCUGAUUAGAUAACUGCAUUAAUAAGCAGGAAUACAGUGCUUCAAAUUAAAAAGGUCAGUGAGUGUAUAUUAACACACGUUGUUUAAGAUUAUAUAAUUCUAAAGAGUUCUAAAUGAAUAAAACCCUACUUAUAAACAUUUAGAAGAAAAGUCUGAAAAUGGUCCAAUUUACUUUUUCAUUUUGUGCACACUUUCUGUGCCAUUUUGAGAAUACAAUCAGCAACCUUGGACAUAACUCUUCUUUACUGAAUAGUAUUUUCUCCUCUCUGAAAUGCAUUAAUUCUAACCUGCUAAAUGCUUUCCUAUUAUUGGCUCAAUAACGCCUGAGUAAAAUAGGCCAUUUUAAACAGCUGAAAUUGAUUCAUCAGCUGAGCUUGAUUCAUCAUUUGUGCUCAAAUCACAGAUUCUUUUGAUGACAUUCAACAGCUGUAUGACAUCAAACUCCUGCUACAUCACAAGUCUCAAACACUUGUUUUAUUGCAACUUUGAUGAAUAAGGGCCAGGGUGUUUGUAGUGUUAUACUGCUUGCAUUAGCAGGACUGUUAACCCUGCAGGUUAAACCUGCACACUCAACUUCAUUGUAACAGACCUUUUCAGAGCUUUUUUCUAAUAAGAAUUAUGAAUAUGAAUUAGCAUUAAUGGUAUUGAAGCAGGAGUAGUAAUAUACCUACUGUCUCCUGCAUCAUAUUUCCAACAAGCUCACCCUCUUCUGACAAUCAAUCUAAAGCAAUUUUAAAUGAAACCAUCUAAACUGGCAUCAAUCUUGACUUUUUUAAAGACCAUUAAACAGCCAGAGGCAUUAAUUUGUACAUGUAAAAGAAAGACAAGACUUGUCAAUGCUCGAGCAGUUAAUGUACACCAUCAUUGUGGCUGUGGAACAUGUGGCGAGCUUGAUUUAUCACACUAAGUACUUUAUGUGGAGAAGCUUUAAUGAUGCUUCAUGAUGAUGUCAAGAAAUUCAGAAUCACAAUUUGAAGAGUAGCAAAUCUCAUAUUGUAGAGAAGUGGCCUAGUGUUAGAUAUUCUUCUAAUCCACUGUUGUGUAUAACCUAACAUGAAUCCAUGGAGACUGAUAGUUAUUUUUGAACUAUGUUUCUUCCUCAGAGUGGCAUCAAGAAAAAAAAAAUUGAAUGUAACACAUGAAUCAUCAGCAUUGUCUUAAAGUAUUUAAGUGAACGUAAUUCCUCAUUAAUGACAGAACGCUUUAAUUAACCCCUCCAUUUUCAAGUGCAUAUUGUAAAAGCAUAUCAUACACACACCUUCACUCAGACUGGUAUAGUUGCUGAGAGUGCUCUGGGAUAACACGGAUUCGUGCGAGUUUGUGCCAGCAGCUCCGGUCCAGUAGUUCAGUGCCUAUAUAUGUGAGAUAGUGCCUCUACUAUGACUCCUCUAAUAAAAGAUUUGACCAUUUCUGUCCA